CGGGGAAUUAUGGAAAGUGCGACUCGGUGCGCGGCGUGGCUGGCACGAGUGUGUGUUUCCGAGCGCGUUGCCCGGCGACAAACACACUCACUCACUCGCCACUCCGAUCGCAUCGAAUACGGAACUGCAGCCGCGCCGCGACAAACUAAACAAGCUCGCUACUCGCAGACCAAAGCCAACAACUUCUCGUUUCGAGGUGGUGGGAGGGCCGCCGCGUUGCAAAAAGACUGUGCAUCUGCCGCCGUUGAGUCGACCGGCGCCCCCGGGGCCUCCGAGCGCCCCCGAGCGGCCCAUGCGGGACUCGUGUUGGUUGCUGAGCAAGCUGUUCGGGGGCGGGCAUCCCCCGACCCCGCCGUCGCCCCCGCCCCGCUCUGCCGAUCUCUCGCCCUACUCGCCGCUCCCGGCAAUCGCCCCCGCACACCCCCAGCCGCCUCCGCCGCCCCCGCUGGUGCGCGAGAAGACGUACGUGGUGACGAGUCCCGUGAUCGUGAAGGGGCCCCCGGCGGCCCCCAAGAAGCUGCAAAAGCGGCGCAAGCUGGACCCCAGCAAGGCGUGGGGCGGCCGUCCGCCCCCGCAACCCUCCUUCGCCGACGCCAAGGGCGGCGUCUUCUUCAUCGUCGGCGCCGAAUCGGACUCGUGAUUUUUAGUGACAGAUUUUGUAAGAAUAUUUUUGCAAUAAUUAAAUAAAUGAAUGAAUGGAAUUGUUUUCGUGUCGCUUUGUUGCGCAACGCCUGGCUAA